UUCUCUGUAGCAGGAGUCAUUUCAGAAGUCAUUUAAAGCUCGUGGCGUGUCUGUGUGGUCCUGGUGAAAAUGUCCGCGGUGAUUCCUCGUGUCGAGCAGCUGUCAUCGAGAGUGGUCCGUGUUUUGGGCUGUAACCCGGGGCCCAUGACACUGCAGGGCACCAACACAUACCUGGUCGGGACAGGCAGAAGGCGAGUGUUAAUUGAUGCAGGCGAGCGCGCGGUACCGGAGUAUAUUGUCAAUCUGCGCGAGGCUCUGAAGCAGCACGACACGUCCAUACAGCACAUUAUAGUCACACACUGGCAUCACGACCACACUGGAGGAGUGCAGGAUAUACUCUCAAACUUUCACACAGAUUCAGAGCUGAGGGUCAGUAAACUCCCUCGGUGUCCUCCACAGGAAGAAGUGAUUGGAGACCUGAAGAAGAAAUAUUCCUAUCUUAGUGAUGGUGAUGUGAUAAAGACCGAAGGGGCAACAUUACGGGUGCUGUUUACUCCCGGACACACAGAUGAUCACAUGGCAUUAUUGCUGGAGGAGGAGCAAGCUGUGUUUUCAGGUGACUGUAUUCUUGGAGAGGGAACGGCCGUGUUUGAGGACCUCCAUGAUUACAUGAAGUCACUGCAGAAGCUCCUAAGCUUGAAGGCUGACCUCAUAUAUCCAGGUCAUGGUCCAGUGGUCCAAGACGCAUAUUCUAAGAUCUGUGAGUAUAUAACUCAUCGUAACGCAAGAGAACAGCAGAUCCUAAACGUUCUGCAGGAGAACAGCGGAAAUGCAUUCACCUCCAGCGAACUGGUUAAAGUGGUGUACAAGGAGACCCCUGAACACCUGCACAGAGCAGCAGAGUUUAACUUGCUGCACCAUUUAAAGAAACUCCACAAGGAAGGAAAGAUCUGCCUGGCUGAAUGCUCAAAUGACAAGAAGUGGAAGAGCAAUCUGUGACACUUUUUACCCAGGACACUCAUCACUCACAGUAACUAAUAAAAGGUUCCCAGUUAGAUGGA